AUGGAGCUCCCCCGCGCUUUCUUCGAGGUCUCCACCGGGUCGGAGCUAGUCGGUCGGGUCGUAUUUGAACUGAGGCCGGACGUGGCGCCCCGAACUUGCGCCAACUUUCUGGCGCUCUGCGCCGGGGACAAGGGCGAAGGCGUGAGCGGCAAGCGUCUCAGCUACCAGGGCACUCCCUUCCACCGCGUCAUUCCCAGGUUCAUGAUUCAGGGCGGCGACUUCGAGUGCGGCGAUGGCACGGGCGGGGAGUCCAUAUACGGGCGGACGUUCGAGGACGAAUCGUUCCAGCUAAGACACGACUCAGCCGGCGUGUUGUCCAUGGCAAACGCAGGCCCCGACACGAACGGGUCGCAGUUCUUCAUCACGCUCGACCCUGCGCCAUAUCUGGAUGGCAAGCACGUCGUGUUCGGACGCGUCGUGGAGGGGCUCGGCGUGUGCAAGAAGAUCGAGUCGUGGGGCUCGAAGUCGGGGAAGCCGCAGAAGCUCGCGGUGAUAUCGAGGUGUGGCGUGCUGCAAGACGAACAGAGCGCGAUCGCCGCCAAGCUCAAGGCUGAAAUGGAGGAAGAGCGGAAGUACCGUUCCGAUCCGAUCGGCCUCGACGUGGACUCGGAGGCAUUGAAGCGCCUUGGAGCGGUCGGCGGCGAGGGUGGACAAGAGCAGCCCACUGCGAACCGGGCAACCAGGGAGACCCAGGGGAGAAGUCGCGACGCUCCCGGCGCGGUUCGUGCCUCCGACACCCCCGCCGAGGGCGACCAGGCGGACAGGAUGGCCUCUCCCAGCAAGUCUGAUGACGACGCGGAAAUCGACCUUGCGGACCCCGCAGCGCUCGAAAAACUGAAUCCUCGGCAGCGCCGGCUGUUCAGCAUCAAGCAGCGGAUGGGCGAGGCGAGAGCGAUGAACCACAAGGCCGCCGUCACUGAGGUGCAGCGCGAGAGCAAGCCCAAGCACGACCCUCACGAAUCAGAUGAGGCCAAGUACAGGUGGUACCUGGAGAAGAAGAAGCGGCACGCCAAGGAGCUGCAGGACAGUGGCCUCGGAGAAGCCCAGGCGCACCGGCUCGUGACGGCAGAGAACGCCGAAAAACUGUACCAGAAGAAACAGAAGACCGGGGCGCUGAGCGGCGCGGAAAUAUUCACGACCAAGGCAGGGUACAAGGCACAUGAACGGCGCACGGCGAACGCCCCCGUCGCUUUGGAGGAGUACGAGGCGGCGAAGGCCCGUGGCGAGAACGUGCUUCGGGCCGGGGACGCGCUCGUGCAGCACGAGGAGGUGCCAGCGGAGAACGUCGAUCGCAUGGUGGCUGAACUGGAGAAUCAACAGGCGCGACGCGAGCAGUUCCGGCGGAGGCGCGCGCACCGGGAAUCCCGCGACGUCGACGCCAUCAGCGACAGGAACAAAACCUUCAACCGCAAGCUCCAGCGUGUCUUCGGCCAGUACGUCGAGGAGACGAAGAACAACCUCGAGCGAGGAACGGCCCUCCCGGAUGGCGCAUGA